AUGUCAAAUUUCGAUGCAGUAGCAGUGAAAGGUGAAGAUCAAUCUCCAUUACCAAUCAAAGAAUCAACUGAAAUGUCAACAGUUUUAUUAAAAACAUCAUGUAUACAUACGAAGAAAAAAAUUCUACUACCACUUUUUAUCUUGAUAAUUGCGUCUGCUAUAACUGCAACAUUAAUAAUUGUAUUUAAAAACAGAAAUGUCGAGAAAACAACCUUAACAAUCGGUAACAUCACGAUGGAGCCAUUAGUAACAAAACCAGCAGAACCGUCAACAACGAUAACAACGACAACAACGACAACAACGUCAACAACGUCAACAACGACAACAACGUCAACAACGACAACAACGUCAACAACGACAACAACGUCAACAACGACAACAACGUCAACAACGACAACAACGUCAACAACGACAACAAAAAAAGGCCCAUGUUCAUCCGGUGAUUUGCGUUGGAAUACAACAGGGAUCACUGUAGGUAUCAACUCAUCGCCGAAAUUAUCAUGUUCACGUCUAUUUAUUGAUUCCAAUGACACUUUAUAUGGUGUGGACAACACCAAGGCUUAUGUUUGGAAGCUAUCAAAGAAUGAUGCUAAUGCAAUCGAUAUCGCUGGACUUUAUGAAUUAGAAGGGCACAGUAUUUCUCAACUGAAUUAUCCUGAAGAUGUUUAUGUUAAUCGAUAUGGAGAUAUAUAUGUAGUAGAUACUAACAAUCAUCGCAUACAAAAGUUCGUUAAUGGAAAAACGGAAGGGGUAACUAUUGCAGGUCAGGGUGUAACAGGUAAUGGUAGCUCGGAUCUGUUGCUUUAUCCUCGCGACUUUGCCUUUGACUCAACAGAGACAUUCAUGUACGUUGCUGAUCGUUCGAUGAAUCGGAUANCUCUUAUUUUGUCGAAAGGAUUUCUUUUUUCAAAAAUUGAUAAUCAUCGUUAA